AUGGGUCGAGGGGUGCGCGUGCUGCUGCUGCUGGGCCUGCUGCACUGGGCCGGGGGCGGCGAGGGCAGGAAGACCUGGCGGCGCCGCGGCCAGCAGCCACCCCCGCCGCCGCCCCCGCCGCGGGCCGAGGCGGCGACGGCGGCCGGGCAGCCGGUGGAGAGCUUCCCGCUGGACUUCACGGCCGUGGAAGGCAACAUGGACAGCUUCAUGGCGCAGGUCAAGAGCCUGGCGCAGUCCCUGUACCCCUGCUCGGCGCAGCAGCUCAACGAGGACCUGCGCUUGCACCUCCUGCUCAACACGUCGGUGACUUGCAACGACGGCAGCUCGGCCGGCUACUACCUGAAGGAAUCCAAGGGCAGCCGGCGAUGGCUACUGUUUCUGGAAGGAGGCUGGUACUGCUUCAACCGGGAGAACUGCGACUCCCGAUAUGACACCAUGCGGCGCCUCAUGAGCUCCAAGGACUGGCCGCUCACUCGAACAGGCACAGGGAUCCUGUCCUCCCAGCCAGAGGAGAACCCCCACUGGUGGAACGCCAACAUGGUCUUCAUCCCCUACUGCUCCAGCGAUGUCUGGAGUGGGGCUUCAUCCAAGUCUGAGAAGAACGAGUACGCCUUCAUGGGCGCCCUCAUCAUCCAGGAGGUUGUGCGAGAGCUCCUGGGCAAAGGGUUGAGCGGGGCCAAGGUGCUGCUGCUGGCAGGGAGCAGCGCGGGGGGCACAGGAGUGCUGCUGAACGUGGACCGCGUGGCUGAGCAGCUGGAGGAGCUGGGCUAUCCAGCCAUCCAGGUGCGGGGCCUGGCUGACUCUGGCUGGUUCCUGGACAACAAGCAGUACCGCCGCACAGACUGCAUUGACACCAUCACCUGCGCGCCCACGGAGGCCAUCCGCCGGGGCAUCAGGUACUGGAAUGGGGUGGUCCCGGAGCGCUGUAGGCGCCAGUUCAAGGAGGGCGAGGAGUGGAACUGCUUCUUCGGCUACAAAGUCUACCCAACCCUGCGCUGCCCGGUGUUCGUGGUACAGUGGCUGUUUGACGAGGCCCAGCUGACUGUGGACAAUGUGCACCUCACGGGGCAGCCGGUGCAGGAGGGCCAGUGGCUGUACAUCCAAAACCUGGGCCGUGAGCUGCGGAACACCCUCAAGGACGUGCCGGCCAGCUUUGCCCCUGCCUGCCUCUCCCACGAGAUCAUCAUCCGAAGCCACUGGACAGACGUCCAGGUAAAGGGGACCUCACUGCCCCGGGCACUGCACUGCUGGGACAGAAGCCUCCACGACAGCCACAAGGCCAGCAAAGCGCCCCUGAAGGGCUGCCCCAUCCACCUGGUGGACAGCUGCCCCUGGCCCCACUGCAACCCCUCUUGCCCCACCAUCCGGGACCAGUUCACGGGGCAGGAGAUGAAUGUGGCCCAGUUCCUGAUGCACAUGGGCUUCGACGUGCAGACAGUGGCACAGCAACAGGGCCUGGAGCCCAGUAAACUGCUGGGGAUGCUGAGCAGCGGGAGCUAG